AUGUCUUCUAUCACUCUAUCAUCUUUGAUUUCCGGCCUCAUCCAGAGCCGAGCUGAAGAGGAGCGACUGCUUGCGAGUGAUGCUCGGGUGAUAGCUCCAUUAGGAGGUGCUUCGGACAAGAAAUCAAUAUUCGCAGGCGCUCAUCGUGCGACGACCAGGCGCAAUAUGGAUGUGUCCGGAAAGUCUGAUUCGCACUUGCGAACCCAUAUUGCAGGGCUUAAGAGCCUUUGUCUCUUCGCAAGAUUUGGUGUCAUUGACAGCAUGGCGGGCCUUUGCCAAAGAUUAUCACGAAAGAAGGAACGUUGCACGGUCUGCUUCAGCAGCAAAUCUGUUAAGGAUUUGGAGAUUCUCCCUUGCCAGCACAAAUACUGUGAUCAUUGUUUCUGCCGAUUGGCACUCACAGCCAUGGCAAAUGAGCAAUUGUUUCCGCCGAAGUGCUGCUCCCAGGUGAUUCCGUCCAAGCAAGUCAUCUCGAAACUGACAGAGAGGGAGAAAGCCCUUUUUAAGCUGAAGACGCAGGAGUAUGCGACACCGGCCACAGAACGUUGUCCUAUUCCUCAUUUCAUCUUUGCUCAAUACGAGAUACUGACGCAGCCAAGCUACAAAUGUGGUGGACCAUGGCUUCUCUGCCAUCACAAUGCGUUAGGGAACGUAACCGCAGAAUGCCAAAGCGGAGCGCCUCCUGGAGACGGAUUGGGCACACAUGAUGCAGAUGAGCUUGCUGCUAUCGUGGCUGCCAUGACAUUCGCUGAGAAAGAGCUGGAAGAAUAG